AUGAGCAACAAUCCUUAUUCUAAUAGCUUUGAUAAAUUCGCUGAAUCUGUUGAGCGUGAUUUGAACCUCAAAGGCGUAACCGGUGCGGAGGAGGCGGUGCACGUGAAGGAGGGGGAGCCAGAACAGGAAGAGCAGCUACCACAGCAAGUACCACUCCACCCAGAAACUCCUCAAGAAUGGCCUCUGAAAUCAGUCUUCAACGCUGCCGGUACUCGGGUCAAGGUGGUCACCCAAAACGAGAAUGGCCCUUGUAGCUUGCUAGCCUUGGUCAAUAUUCUCAUAAUGCGUGGAAAUUUACAGCUCUCUCCAGCGAGCAGAACAAGCGUCGACUACGACUACAUAUCCUCAAUCAUUGCUGAAUUCCUCCUUAGGAAGCAUAUCCCCAAAGACUCCCCUUACUCCAUAUCUGACGCUCUCAAUGUCCUCCCCCACACGAGAUACGGUCUCGAUCUAAACCCCCACUUUCAUUCUCCGUACGCUCUCAACCCUUCUUCCGUCAGACACAAGGGCGCAAUUGAUCUAUUUGCCCUCUGCGACGUCCCUCUAGUCCAUGGCUGGGUGUGCGAUCGGCAAUCGCCCAACUCUGACGUCAUUCUCCAAGACUUCGAAAACUACGAUCAUGCCACACAGGUCAUAGCCGAGGGUGACCACCUAGCUGGAGUGCUCCCCAACUCCAACUCCAUCAACCGUGAUACAAAUGAAGGUGAUUUAUCAUCUCAGCAGCAAGAAAUUGUUAGAAAAGCACGCAUCCUUGCGCAAUUUAUCGACAGUUCACGCACACAAAUGACACUCACCGGCUUAUUCGUCCUCACAGAAUGUCUCAGUAGCGGCGAAUACGUUGCUUUAUUUCGCAACUCUCAUCUAUCUGUAUUGUAUAAACGUCAUCACAAGCUCUAUACACUUGUUACAGAUGGUGCCUUGGCCGAGGAAGCGGAUGUUAUAUGGGAAUCGUUAGAGGAUGUCGACGGCAGCGGCUCGGCGUUCCUCAAUGACAAUUUCAACCCAUCCGGUGUAAUUGGUGGCGAUUAUGCUGGCGCUAGUGCUGCUUACGCCAAUAGUGCUCAUGAUGUUUACGAUACAAACGGUACAAACGAUACUCUCACUGUUGAGCAACGCGUCACUACGCGUGCCCAGAAUGAAGGAUGGGAUGACGCGGUACUCGCUUACGAGCUGUCACGUGUUCAGAAUACAGCCCGGGCUGACUCAGACCUAGCGCUGGCAAUGCAAUUGCAACAAGAUGAAAACGAGAGGAGACAAAGGCAGCGCCAAAAUCAACCUAGUGCGGGCGUGCCUUCACAUACCCCACACGCACCGGCAGUCACUCAAAAAGCUCAAAAGGACAGAAAAUCAAAGAAAUCAUAUAUGAAGUUCAUUGCAGCCACCUCCGCACUCCUCGCCUCCGCAUUAGCAGCCAAGAUCACAUCACCACCACAACUCACCCAAUGUCGCAACAUUGCUAUCAAAUGGACUGAAGGUGAAGGUGACAUCUACAUCACUGUUAUCCCAGCUGGAGAAGCAAGCAGUGAACCAAUCGAAGCGUUCCCUCCACAACACGGUGAAAGCGGCUCAUACAACUGGAAGGUCAACGUUCCAGGUGGCAAAGAAAUUUCAUUGGCAGUAAACGACGAAUCUGGUGAUGUCAAUUACAGUUCUGAGUUGACCGUUAGAGACUCUGACAAUUCUGACUGUCUCGGUGAAGAUGUUCAAGGUCAAGCGGCGGAGAGCGAUGACUCAAACAACGAUGAUGGAGAUCAGUCUAGCUCCUCUUCAUCUGAGUCUUCAAGCUCAUCCUCGACUUCGUCAUCUUCAUCCUCAUCCAGCUCUACACCAUCAUCGUCUUCCUCAGACAAUACCAGUGCUGACAGCGGCAACAACGCCCAAAACGAUGACGACUCUGGUGCUGUUUCACACGUCUUUGCUGGCUCAAUGGUCGCUGCUGCCUCUCUCGCUGGUGCUCUCCUCAUCUAA